AUGAAAUUCAUCAUUCUUUCCACGAUCCUCGCUUUCGGGCUUGUCUCUGCCAGACCCUCUUUCGAGGAAAGGUCAAUCCCAGCAUGGCACCCACCUACGCGAGGCGAUCUCCGAAGCCCCUGCCCCGGACUCAACACGCUAGCAAACCACGGUCUCCUCCCACGCGAUGGCAAUAACCUUAGACGAGCCGUCGUGGUAGAUGCUCUGAAGACAGGCUACAACUUCGACGAUGCGUUAGCGAACGGCCUCUUUGAAACGGGACUUACCACAAACCCUGAGCCGAACGCGACAUGGUUUUCUCUAGAACACCUCAACACACAUGGCAUCAUCGAGCACGAUGCAAGUCUCAGCCGCGCCGACGCCUACACCGGCAACAACCACGCCUUCAAUCCGAGCAUCUUCGCACAGACAAGCAAGUACUGGACGGGAGCGACGCUCACGCCUACGACUAUGGCAUAUGCUAGGAUCGCACGGGAGCUAGACUCGAAGGUCUUCAACCCGGAAUACGCGUUCGACGCCAGCAGGGAAAUACAGGCCUGGGGAGAAUCCGCGAUCUUCACUGCGGCUCUGGGAAAUAUACAGGAAGGAACGGCAGAUAAGAACAUCGUCGAGUACUUCUUUAAGAAAGAAAGGCUCCCGGUUGCGCUGGGAUGGAAGAAGCAAGCUGUUCCUGUGCAAAAUUCGGACCUGGCUCACAUAACGAACUUGAUUGGGAACGUCACGGGCAGCGUGCCCGUUUUGUUGACUCCGUCUGAAAACCCUCUGAGAAGCCGUGGUCUUCAUGGCCUGGGCGUUUGA